CUGCUCUGUAGCGGUCAGCCAGGGCCAGUGAGUCAGCUGAUAUGAGCGCGAGCGCACCGCUGUCUAUGACAUCAUUACCCCAAUCGACAAGCGUUAUUUUGUUCGUGCUUGAAGCCUGAAAGUUUGACGGUUGACUUCAGCGGCGAAAUCAUUUAAAAGUAAGACAUUAAAUGAUAACAACCGAACGGAAAGACAAGUGUCUAUAAUUCGCUUAAAGGAGCAGGACACUCGUGUUCUCCAUCGAAAGGUAGCCCGCUCACCUCCAGUGUUUAGAUGAAUUACGAGCAGCCUCCACCGUACACGGGGCCUGGCCCCACAGCUCCAGGAUACCCCCCUCCUACUGCUCCUGGAUACCCUGCUCAAGGAUUCCCACCACAAGGAUACCCUGCACAGGGAUACCAAGGAUAUCCAGCCCAGACUGACCAGCCCAACCCUGGUUACCCGAACUACCCUCCUGGUCCCCCUGGAACAUACCCAGUCCAGCCAGGGUAUCAGGGAUACCCUCAACCUCAAUAUGGAGGCCCAGUGUAUGGGGAACCUCCGAAAAAUACAGUGUAUGUGGUGGAGCAGGGGAGACGUGAUGAUUCUGGGGAGCAGGCGUGUCUAACUGCAUGUUGGACUGCUCUGUGUUGCUGCUGUCUCUGGGACAUGUUGACCUAGAAUACCAAUAAUAUGAAACCACUGUGAGCCUUAAUUUGUAACAAUAUUUCACUCCACAUUUCAAUCCUUAUGUAUGACUACUGAAAUAUGUGGUUUUGUUUUUGUUGUUUUAGUGUCAGUAGCUCAUCUUGGAUUAUGGGCAUGAUAUGCACUAAGAGAUAUUUACAGCUGAUUGCAUUGAUCUUAUUUGUAUACGCAUAUUAAACAAUGUUUUUAUUUUUUGUCUGAGAAAAUAAUGUAAUCUCUUUAUUAAUGUAUGCAGAAAUUCAAAUAUUACUUGAGCAUAGACCAGAUCUGAUAAUCAAAUAUGGCGUUGCACAGUCCAUGAAGUCUUAAUGAAAUCUGUGCCAAAACGUCAAUCAAGGAAAAAUAUUUGUUUCUGUUAAUAAAAUAAUAGAAAAUGUACAAA